GACAGAAUUCCUCGAUUCUUUCAAACCGCAAGAAAACUAAGCAGCACGUAAUUACCAUUUCUGCCCUCCGCCGUCUCCCCUCCCCUCCCCUCCGGCCCUCCCCUAGUCCCCUCCCCGACUCGCCGUCGCCGCGCACGCACGGAACCGCCGUGCCAGCAUCGCCGGCGGCAACCACCACGUGCGGAGGAAUCAAUCGUGAAGCAACCUCACGGAAGAGAAGAAAAAAAAAGAGAAGAAGAAGGACCGCUACGAGCAACAGCAAGCAGUAGCGUGGGGGGUUGGUGGGGGAACGGAGCAGAGGCAGUCCAAUUCGCCGCCUCGACGGCCACUGACCUCGCCGGCGGCGGGGUCCCCUCAGCUCGAGCCGACGGAUCCGUGGUCCCAUCUGAUCCGAGCCUGAUCCGCCCAUGGGAACUCCAGUUAACAUCAUCGUUGGUUCUCAUGUUUGGGUAGAAGACCCAACUCUAGCUUGGAUAGACGGGGAGGUUGUUAGCAUAAAAAACAAUGAAGUACAUGUGCAGACAUCGAAUGGGAAAAAGGUUACCACGGACAGAUCAAAAGUUUUUCCUAAGGAUAUGGAAGCUCCACCUGGAGGAGUUGAUGAUAUGACAAGACUGUCGUACUUACAUGAACCUGGUGUUCUUCAGAAUCUUGCUACCCGUUAUGAACUGAAUGAAAUAUAUACUUACACUGGCAGCAUUUUGAUUGCUGUAAAUCCGUUUCAAAGAUUGCCACAUCUUUAUGAUACCCACAUGAUGGAGCAAUACAAGGGUGCAGAUUUUGGGGAAUUGAGUCCCCAUGUCUUUGCUAUUGCGGAUGUUGCUUACAGGGCAAUGAUAAAUGAAGGGAAAAGCAACUCUAUAUUGGUCAGUGGUGAAAGUGGUGCUGGCAAGACUGAGACAACGAAGAUGCUUAUGAGAUAUCUAGCACACUUAGGUGGGCGAUCUGGAGUAGAAGGACGUACAGUAGAACAACAAGUCCUAGAGUCCAAUCCAGUUCUUGAAGCUUUUGGUAAUGCAAAAACUGUGCGAAACAACAACUCAAGUCGCUUUGGCAAGUUUGUUGAGAUCCAAUUUGACAAGACUGGACGGAUCUCAGGAGCCGCCAUCAGAACUUACUUGCUGGAAAGAUCACGUGUGUGCCAAAUUAAUACCCCGGAAAGAAAUUAUCAUUGCUUUUACUUCCUUUGUGCUGCACCACCUGAGGACAUUCAGAGGUAUAAGCUAUCUGAUCCUAAAUCCUUCCAUUACCUCAACCAGUCAAGCUGUAUCGAGGUGGACGGAAUUAAUGACGCCGAAGAGUAUUUAGCAACAAGAAGGGCCAUGGACAUAGUUGGAAUCAAUGAGGAAGAGCAGGAAGCUAUAUUCAGGGUUGUAGCAGCUGUACUUCAUCUUGGAAAUAUAGAUUUUGCCAAGGGAACGGAAAUUGAUUCAUCUGUAAUCAAGGAUGAUAAAUCCAGGUUCCACCUUAAUACUGCAGCAGAACUUUUGAAAUGCGAUUCCAAGAAUCUGGAAAAGACUCUGAUAACACGAGUAAUAGUCACGCCCGAAGAAAUUAUUACUAGAACACUUGAUCCUGCUUCUGCAAUUGCUAGCAGAGAUGCAUUAGCUAAAACAGUAUACUCCCGCUUGUUCGAUUGGAUUGUGGAAAAAAUUAAUGUCUCAAUUGGACAGGACCCUAACUCAAAACAAUUGAUUGGUGUUCUUGAUAUCUAUGGUUUUGAGAGCUUCAAAGUUAACAGUUUUGAACAGCUAUGUAUCAAUUAUACAAAUGAAAAGCUGCAACAACAUUUUAACCAGCAUGUGUUCAAAAUGGAACAAGAAGAGUAUACCAGAGAAGCGAUAAACUGGAGUUACAUCGAGUUUGUUGAUAAUCAAGAUGUCCUAGACUUGAUAGAGAAGAAAGGUGGAUUGAUUGCACUUCUGGAUGAAGCAUGUAUGUUUCCUAGAUCAACACAUGAGACAUUUGCGCAGAAGUUAUAUACAACUUUUAAGAAUAACAAGCGGUUUGCCAAACCAAAGCUUUCACGCACUGAUUUUACAGUUGUCCAUUAUGCUGGCGAUGUGACAUACCAAGCUGAUCAAUUCUUAGACAAGAACAAAGAUUAUGUAGUGGCUGAACAUCAGGAUCUGCUGAAUGCUUCUUCAUGCCCGUUUGUAGCUGGUUUAUUCCCUCCACUCCCUCAGGAGACUGCAAAGUCUUCAAAAUUUUCAUCCAUUGGAUCACGUUUCAAGCUGCAACUUCAAUCUCUCAUGGAAACUUUGAGCUCUACUGAACCCCACUAUAUUAGAUGUGUGAAGCCAAAUAAUCUCCUCAAGCCAGCCAUUUUCGAGAAUACAAAUGUUAUACAGCAACUACGAUGUGGAGGUGUUCUUGAAGCUAUCAGGAUCAGCUGUGCCGGAUACCCUACAAGAAAAACAUUUUAUGAAUUUGUCAAUCGUUUUGGCGUCCUUGCUCCUGAAGUUUUAGAAGGGAGCAAUGAUGAUAAGAUUGCUUGCCAGAAGAUUUUGGAAAAAAUGGGUCUGGAGAACUACCAGAUUGGAAAAACAAAGGUGUUUCUCAGAGCUGGACAGAUGGCUGAUUUGGAUGCACGUAGAGCUGAAGUAUUAGGAAGAGCAGCAAGGAUCAUACAGAGACAAAUAUGCACAUAUAUUGCAAAGAAACAGUUUUUCGAGCUUAAGAAAUCAGCAACACAGCUACAAUCUUUUGUCAGAGGAACCUUGGCUCGUAAGCUGUAUGAGUGCAUGAGGCGGGAAGCAGCAGCAGUGAAAAUACAAAAGAAUAUGCGUCGCCACAGAGCACGAGAGUCUUAUUUACAACUGCAAGCAGCUGCAAUCACACUGCAGACAGGCUUAAGGGCAAUGUCUGCUCGCAAAGAAUUCAGAUUCAGAAAGGAAACAAAAGCAGCUAUCCACAUCCAAGCUCGAUGGCGCUGCCACAGAGACUACUCACAUUACAAGAAUCUGCAAGGUGCAGCUCUUACUUACCAGUGUGCCUGGAGGCAAAGACUUGCGAGAAGAGAGCUCAGAAAGCUCAAGAUGGCCGCGAGAGAAACAGGGGCCCUUAAAGAGGCCAAGGAUAAACUUGAGAAGCGUGUUGAAGAGCUAACCUGGCGCUUAGGAUUGGAGAAGCGAUUAAGGACUGACCUUGAGGAAGCAAAAGCCCAGGAAAUUGCUAAGCUGCAAGAGACAUUGCAUGACAUGCAGCUUCAAGUUGAAGAAGCGAAGGCCAUGGUUGUUAAGGAAAGAGAAGCUGCUAGAAAGGCAAUUGAAGAAGCACCUCCAGUAAUUAAAGAGACUCCUGUCAUAGUCGAAGACACUGAAAAGAUUAACUCACUCACAGCUGAAGUUGAACAGCUAAAGGCUUUGCUGCAAAAUGAAAGGCAAGCAACAGAAGCUGCAAAAAGAGAACAAGCUGAAUCUGAACGGAGAAAUGAAGAACUAAUUAAGAAGUUUGAGGGCGCAGAGAAAAAGAUUGAGCAACUUCAGGACACUGUCCAGAGGCUGGAAGAGAAAGCGACCAACAUGGAAUCUGAGAACAAAGUGCUCCGCCAACAGGCUGUUGCAAUUUCUCCUACGGCAAAAUCAUUAGCUGCAUAUCCUAAGUCUCCUUUCCAGCUGAAAACUCCGGAAAAUGGAAAUGCUCUAAAUGGAGAAAUGAAGUCAUCGCCAGAUGUCACCCCUAUCUCACUAAACCCCAAGGAGCUUGAAGCUGAAGAGAAGCCACAAAAAUCACUUAACGAGAAGCAGCAGGAAAAUCAAGACCUGUUGAUCAAGUGUGUAUCACAAGAUCUGGGAUUCUCCACUGGCAAACCUAUUGCAGCUUGCCUUAUCUACAGGUGUCUUCUACACUGGAGAUCAUUUGAAGUUGAAAGAACUGGUGUUUUCGACCGUAUUAUUCAAACAAUUGGCUCUGCUAUUGAGUCCCAGGACAAUAAUGACAAGUUGGCAUAUUGGCUGUCAAAUUCAUCUACACUACUGCUGCUGCUGCAACGAACACUGAAAACAACUGGAGCAGCUGGACUCACUCCUCAAAGGCGCAGAUCAUCUGCUGCUUCUUUUGGGAGGGUGUUUUCGGGGAUGCGGGCCUCACCUCAAAGCGCUGGGCGUGCUUUUCUGGGAAGUCGCUUGAUUGGAGGCCUAGGCGAUCUUCGUCAAGUUGAAGCCAAGUAUCCUGCCCUGCUUUUCAAGCAGCAGCUUACAGCUUUCCUAGAGAAGAUCUAUGGAAUGAUAAGAGACAACUUGAAGAAGGAGAUAUCUCCUCUGCUUGGCCUUUGCAUCCAGGCUCCAAGAACAUCUCGCGCAAGUCUAAUUAAAGGAUCACGUUCUCAAGCAAAUGCCUUGGCUCAGCAAACUCUGAUUGCCCAUUGGCAGAGCAUUGUGAAGAUAUUGACAAAUUAUUUGAAUAUUUUGAAAGCCAAUUAUGUACCUUCAUUCUUAAUCAGCAAAGUGUUCACUCAAAUAUUUUCAUUUAUUAACGUUCAGUUGUUUAAUAGGUAUGAUUUCAAUAGUUGCUCUACCUGUGGUACAUUAGGUUCUCUUUCCAUUUGGGUUUUAAGAAACUCCUUGUAUUGUAGUUUGCUUCUUCGACGGGAGUGCUGUUCAUUUAGCAAUGGAGAAUAUGUGAAAGCUGGGUUGGCAGAAUUAGAACAGUGGUGCAUUUAUGCGACUGAAGAGUAUGCAGGUUCUUCUUGGGAGGAAUUAAAACAUAUUAGGCAGGCUGUUGGAUUCCUCGUAAUCCAUCAAAAGCCAAAGAAAACGUUGAAAGAAAUCACCAACGAUUUGUGCCCUGUCCUUAGCAUACAACAGCUAUAUCGAAUCAGUACAAUGUAUUGGGAUGAUAAGUACGGCACUCACACCGUUUCCUCAGAUGUCAUCUCAAGUAUGAGAGUAAUGAUGACCGAAGAUUCUAAUAAUGCUGUGAGCAGUUCUUUCUUGUUGGACGAUGAUUCCAGCAUUCCAUUUUCCGUGGAUGACAUCUCAAAAUCGAUGACAGAAAUCGAGGUAACAGAUGUUGAUAUGCCACCUUUGAUCCGGGAGAACUCAGGGUUUACAUUCCUACACCAAAGAAAGGACUAACCUGGUGGUUCUUCCAGCUGCAAGCGGCAAGCCUCUUGCUUUUGCUCUCCACCCAACCUGUGCAUAACUCAUGUACAUACAUACACUCAUGCCUUUUGCUCUCUGGUCAGGGUAUUUGUUAGAUGUAUUUGUUGCUUUUUGUUAGGCUUUCGUUUGAUUGAUUGGUUCUUUCUUCAAUCUUAUCCCUUUUUUCUGGGGGAAGGGUCGUCAAUUCAUAUAUUUUAUAGUAGUGAAGGGGUCGGAUGCCCCUGGUCAGGUCUCCGAGCUGCUAUUGGAAAAGCUCGCGAGCCUUCAGCGUCUGGAAAAGGUUUUCCACUGCUGUGAGUUGGUCAUUGUGUCGUCAUUGAUAUGGUUCGUCACCAUAUUGUAAAUUGCAAAGCAGAUUAUAGUUGAAAAAAUUACAGUGACAGCAAAGUUUCUGGUGUGACCUCCGUAUCGAAAUGCACUAUGAUGUUCUGGAA